ACAAGGACGAGUGCUCCAAGAACAACGGGGGCUGCCAGCACGAGUGUCUCAACUCCUUCGGCAGCUACGAGUGCCAGUGCCGCAGCGGCUUCGUGCUGCACGACAACAAGCACGACUGCAAGGAAGCUGGCUGUGACCAUAAGGUGACAUCCAUCUCUGGGACCAUCACCAGCCCCAACUGGCCCGAUAAAUACCCCAGCAAGAAGGAGUGCACCUGGGCCAUCACCACCACGCCGGGCCACCGCGUCAAGCUGGUAGGGAUGGAGGGGACACUAUGGGAUGGGCAGCACAGGGGGGAUGCCAAAGCACCAGCGCUCGGUCGCUUCUGUGGAGCCAAAGAGCCUGAACCCCUCAUCUCCUCUGGCAACAAGAUGUUCCUCAAGUUUGUCUCUGAUAACUCCGUCCAGAAGAAGGGCUUCGAGGCCACCCACACCACAGUGUGUGGUGGCCAGGUCCAUGCCGAGGUGAAGACCAAGGACUUGUAUUCACACGCACAAUUUGGGGAUAACAACUACCCGGGGGGCUCGGACUGUGAGUGGGUGAUCAUGGCUGAGGAGGGCUAUGGUGUGGAGCUCAUCUUCCAGACCUUUGAGAUCGAGGAGGAGGCUGACUGUGGUUACGACUACAUGGAGCUCUUUGAUGGCUACGAUGGGACAGCUCCACGUCUUGGUCGCUUCUGCGGGUCUGGGCCCCCCGAGGAGGUCUACUCAGCUGGAGAUUCCGUGAUGAUCCGUUUCCACUCAGAUGACACCAUCAACAAGAAGGGUUUCCACCUUCGCUACACCAGCACCAAGUUCCAGGACACGCUGCACACGAGGAAAUGA